AUGGGCCAAAAAUCCUCUCCCGAACCCCCUGAGAUUCUGUCCCCUCCCCCUUAUGCCCCAUUGUAUCCUCCGUUGGAAGGGGUGGCAGGAGGGGUGCCUCAACCAGAGGUAUCUCAGCUAGGAGGGGCAGCAGGAGGGGUGCCUCCCCCAGCCCUCAGCACUAGGAGCCGAGGCAAGCAAGGGACCCCAGAACCACCUGAACAGACCCCGGGAGACCCAGUUCCGGUGUUCCCAGUCCGGAUGGUGGGGCCUGUGGUUCAAGGGGGACCCCGUAGUUAUCAAUACUGGCCAUUUUCGUCUAGUGAUCUCUACAAUUGGAAAUCCCAAAACCCUCCCUUCUCUGAGGAACCCCAGAAACUCAUUGCCCUAUUGGAAUCUAUUUUGUUCACACACCAUCCCACUUGGGAUGAUUGUCAACAGUUAUUACAGGUACUCUUCACCACAGAGGAACGUGAACGAAUCCUCCACGAGGCUCGCCGACAUGUUCCUGGGAUAGACGGGCUCCCCACAACCCAGCCUCACCUUAUAGAGGCGGCUUUUCCCUCCACUCGUCCCCCCUGGGACUUUGAGCAACAAGAAGGUAGGGAUCACCUACGUGUCUAUCGCCAGGUUCUCAUGGCCGGUCUCCGUGCUGCGGCUCGCAAGCCGACUAAUUUGGCUAAGGUAUAUUUAGUUAGACAAGGGCCUGAUGAGAGCCCUGUUGCCUUCUUGGAGAGGCUCCAGGAGGCCUUUCGCCUGUACACUCCUAUGGACCCCCUGGCAGAAACCAGUCGGGCGGCGGUCCUACUCUCAUUUGUCAACCAAUCGGCCCCUGAUAUCCGCCGAAAGCUCCAAAAGAUAGAAAACCUGGGAGAGCAGUCUAUAGGUGACCUCCUUAAGGUAGCUGAGCGAGUGUUUAACACCCGAGAAACUCCUGAGGAAAGGGCAGAGCGCCUACACCAGGAGGAGCGGGAAUACAAGACCAGGCAGCACCAAGAGGAUCGGGAGUACAAAGCCAGACAGGACAGAAAGAAUCAGAAAGACCUAGCUAAGAUCCUGGUGGCUGGGCUGUCCCAGCAACUGCACAAGGAGCUCCCCAGUAAUCGAGGGGGCCGCUCACGUUGCUUCCAAUGUGACCAGGAAGGCCACUGGAAACGAGAAUGUCCAAAUCGGCCCAGGAUUCUCUGGGCCAAUGAGGGGGAGGAAGAUUGAAGAGGACGGGACUCUCAACCCCUCCCAGAGUCCUGGGUAACCCUGAAGGUGGAGGGGAAACCAAUGAACUUUAUGGUUGAUACAGGUGCUCAGUUUUCAGUUCUAACAAAACCUGUCGGAGCAGUCUCCUCUAAAGCCAGUUGGGUGCAGGGUGCCACCGGUACCAAAAGAUAUAAUUGGACCACUGGCCGCCAGGUGGACCUCGGUCGCCAUCGAGUUACUCAUUCCUUUCUUGUCAUCCCUGAUUGCCCAGCCCCUCUCCUAGGACGGGAUCUCCUGCACAAGGCAGGGGCCCACAUCCAUUUCUCAAACUCUGGGAUCUCAGUCACAGAUGAUGAGGGUUCACCUCUACACGUUUUGACUCUAUCCCUCCAUGAUGAGCAUCGCCUCCAUGCAGAUCCUGCCCCGCUGGAAGUUCCAGACCACGUCCGCCCCUGGAUGGACAAGGUACCUGAGGUAUGGGCUGAGAUUUCGGGCGUGGGCCUGGCCGUCCAGCAACCCCCCAUCAUUGUGGCACUUAAACCAGGGGCGACUCCAGUGAGGGUCAAGCAGUAUCCCAUGUCCUUGGAGGCCCGAAGAGGGAUUGCCCCACAUAUCACUCGUCUUCGGGAAGCAGGUAUUCUGGUCCCCUGCCGAUCCCCAUGGAACACCCCUCUCCUACCUGUCCGCAAGCCAGGAGGACAGGACUUUCGCCCAGUCCAAGACUUAAGGGAGGUGAAUCUGCGAGUGGAGGACAUCCACCCCACUGUACCUAACCCAUAUACCUUGCUGAGCUCACUGCCACCUGACCUCAGCUGGUACACCACCCUCGACUUGAAGGAUGCCUUCUUCACCUUGCCACUAGCCCCCGUUAGCCAGCCCUUGUUUGCCUUUGAGUGGCAUGAUGAGCAGGCGCACACAACAGGCCAACUAACGUGGACUCGGUUGCCCCAAGGGUACAAAAAUUCCCCGACAAUCUUUAAUGAGGCCCUCGCCUCAGAUCUGCGGGAAUUCCGCCAGAGUUACCCCCUCAUUACCCUCCUCCAAUACGUAGAUGACCUCCUACUUGCUGCUCCUACCCAAGCGGCUUGUGAAACCGCUACCCAGGGCCUGCUAGAGACUCUAGGUCGCCUUGGUUAUAGGCUGAGCGCUAAGAAGGCCCGUAUAGCCCAGCGGGAGGUCACCUACCUGGGAUAUAAGCUUCAAGGGGGGCAACGGUGGCUGACCCAGGCCAUGAAAGAUACUGUCUUGUGCCUUCCUCCACCAAAGGGACCCCGGCAGGUGCGGGAAUUCCUAGGGUCAGUGGGGUAUUGCCGCCUCUGGAUCCCUGGGUUUGCAGAGAUUGCCCGGCCCCUAUACGAAGGCUCUAGGGAGAAGGCAGACUGGACUUGGUCACCUGCCAUGAACGAUGCCUUUCAGAGACUCAAACAGGCCAUGCUAACUGCCCCUGCCCUAGCCCUGCCAAACCCUGAAAAGCCCUUUCAGUUAUUUGUAGACGAAAAGAAGGGAGUAGCUAAUGGGGUGCUGACACAACGACUAGGGCCUUGGGACAGGCCAGUAGCCUACCUGUCCAAAAGACUAGAUCCUGUGGCAUUGGGGUGGCCCCCCUGCCUACGCAUCAUAGCUGCUGUGGCCUUAUUAGUCCGAGAUGCCGACAAGCUCACGUACGGGCAGGCCCUUCGAAUAACCACUCCUCAUGCCGUUGAGGGCAUCCUUAAACAACCACCUAGUCGAUGGAUGUCUAAUGCCCGCCUUACUCACUAUCAAGGCUUGUUGUUGAAUGCCCCCCGGAUCUCCUUCCAUGUGACGUCCGCCCUGAACCCUGCAACCCUACUACCUGACCCCCCACCAGACCAACCCUUACAUGAUUGCCAGGAGAUCCUGGCUGAGACAGUGACGGCCAGACCAGACCUCAAGGAUACACCACUUCCCAAUGCGGACCUGGUCUGGUUUACGGAUGGGAGCAGCCUCAUCCAGGACGGGAAACGACGGGCAGGAGCAGCAGUGGUGGAUGCAUUGGGGAACCUCAUCUGGGCAGCAGCGCUACCCGAGGGAACCUCGGCUCAGAAAGCAGAGUUGGUUGCCCUACAAACGGCCCUUGAAAAAGCUGAAGGGAAGCGACUGACAGUAUACACAGACAGUCGGUAUGCCUUCGCCACCUUGCAUGUCCAUGCACCCAUCUACAGGGAGAGAGGGUUUCUCACCGCAGGAGGUAAGGGGGUCAAAUAUCUGGAAGAAAUCCAAGCACUCCUCUCUGCAGUUUGGCGACCUAAGGCAGUAGCUGUGGUCCAUAUCCCUGGCCACCAAAAAGGAGACUCUCUGGAGGCACGGGGAAACCGAGCUGCUGACCAGGCGGCACGAGAAGCUGCCUUCCAUUCGCCCCUCCUCACCCUGCCCAUGACCGGUCUGUGGUACAGAGACCCGGAAGGCAACAGAAUUCUCCCUGAAGCUCUGGGACAGCUGCUCUGCGCUCACCUGCACCAUCUUUCUCAUCUGGGGGAGAAGAAACUUGCCCAGCUUCUGGACAAGGGACAACUGAGGUUCCCAGGCCGGGCAACCUACUUAACACAACUCGUAGCCGCUUGCCGAGCUUGCCAACUAAUGCGGUCAGGGAAACCCAAUAAACAUCAAGGACAUCGAGUGCGCGGAGAACGGCCCUGCCAAUCCUGGGAGGUGGAUUUCACUGAGGUAAAGCCUGGAAGGUAUGGGUACCGUUAUUUGCUGGUAUUUGUGGACACCUUUUCAGGUUGGCCAGAGGCAUUCCCAACCAAAGCUGAAACAGCCCAGGUGGUAGCUAAGAAACUGAUGGAAGAGAUCAUCCCUCGCUUCGGGUUCCCGGUAACCAUUGGUUCUGACAAUGGACCUGCUUUUGUGAGCAAGGUCCUUCAGGAACUUGCAGCCGCCCUGGGGGUGGAUUGGAAAUUACAUUGUGAGUAUAGCCCCCAGAGUUCCGGCCAGGUAGAGAGGAUGAAUAGAACAAUUAAGGAGACACUAUCCAAAUUGGCCCUCGAGACUGGCAUAGACUGGGUGACCCUCCUUCCUUUAGCUCUCUUCCGGGCCAGGAAUACUCCUGGCCCACACCACCUUACCCCUUUUGAGAUCUUGUAUGGCUCUCUUCCCCCCAUCCUUCCCCAGGUACCCCGGAUGCCCACAAAGCCCCAAGGGCCAGAGGAAUUCCGAGCCAUGCUCUUGGGGCUUGCAGAAGCCCACCGUGAUCUGUGGCCCCGGCUCAGAGAAUUCUUCCAACCCCCUCCUCUUCCCCCACACGACUUUGCACCUGGAGAUUGGGUGUGGGUUAAAAGGCACCAGCGUGCCACCCUCCAGCCCCGCUGGAAAGGUCUGUAUGUCACUCUUUUUGUCACCCCCUCUGCUUUAAAGGUUGACGGCGUUGGACCUUGGAUCCACCACACACAUGUUCGCCGAGCAGACCCACCUGAGCACUCUGAACCCCAGUGGCUCACCUGGAGCCCAUCCGGCUGCGAGCCUCGCCGGAUAAUCACGCACAUCGGCGGAGCUGAUGAGGUUGGAGGUGACUGCCAACACCUUAAGUUAACUGUCUUGACCCCCUCUGACAACGCCUGGAUCUUUGGACGUACCUGGGGUUUCCGCAUGGUUCAGAGUGGGGAUGACCCUGGGGGACUGUUUUUAAUUAAGAAAGAACCGGUCCAGACCAAGGCCGAAUCUACAUUCCCUAAUAUGACCUCAGAUUGUUGGCUUUGUUUGGGGAUCCGACCCCCUUAUUAUGAUGCCAUUGCACUCAAUGCUUCCUUUAAUAGGUCCUCUCAGGAUAGCCCUCCCGAGUGUCGCUGGGAUGAACGGAAAAAGGGGCUCACUAUGGACUCUGUGUUGGGGGAAGACAUGGUCAGGUACUGGGACCCCCAAAACCGCCCAUCCCCUAGAAUCCGCAGGGAGCCCAUCACUGCCAUUACGUUAGCCACGCUCUUAGGCUUAGCUGGGGUUGGGACCGGCAUAGCCUCUCUCACUCAGCAUCACCAGAGCCUUGCUGCCUUACGAGCCGCGGUAGAUGAGGAUCUGGCCCGAGUUGAGAACUCUAUCACCCACUUGGAGAAAUCUCUAUCCUCCCUCUCGGAGGUUGUGCUCCAGCAGGGCCGUGGGCUCGAUCUCCUCUUCCUCCAACAAGGGGGUCUCUGUGCCGCCUUGGGGGAGGAAUGUUGCUUUUAUGCUGACCAUACCGGCAUUGUCAAGGAAUCUAUGACCAAACUCCGAGAGGACAUUGCUAAAAGGAAAACGGAGCGGGAAGCUCAGGCAUCAUGGUAUGAGCAACUGUUCCAGCGCUCCCCCUGGCUGACCACUCUGAUAUCUACUCUCCUAGGGCCCCUAAUCCUUCUGACUCUCCUUUUAACUUUCCGGCCCCUCAUUCUUAACCGACUAGUAGCUUUUGUAAAGGAACGUAUUAACACGGUUCAGCUUAUGGUCCUGCGUCAGUACUACCAAACAGUCCCCACCCUUGAGACAACACAUACUGACGCUGCUGUUUAA